AUGGCCUUGCAUCAACGGCACGAUAGCUGGUGCCUCUUCCAGCUAAGUAUGCUCGGACUGCUUUUCCUACUUAGCAGUUCACUUGCCAGCGCAGUCGCCAUUGCAAACGCGCGGCAAGAUGACCCUGCAGCCAGUGCCCGCGAGCGGUCGAGCCUGAACGCAGGUUGGCGCUUCCGUCGAACAGUUGAGAACCCAGACGGUCUCUCUUAUGCCAAGAUGAAGCCCUGGAUCAUGCCAUCCGCCAAUGGCUUCAUCAAGGACGCCGCCAGGCAACAGAAACGGCCUACAGGCCAGCCGGCCAACGUGACCUUCGCACAGUCGUCCUUUGAUGACAGCGCAUGGGACGCGGUUGACCUGCCGCACGACUGGGCUAUCAAAGGCCCCUUCUACACGGGGAACAAUCCGACUGUCGGGCCAGGCAUGGGUCGCCUGCCCAGCCAGGGUGUAGGUUGGUACCGGAGGAAGUUCUCCAUCGCGGAUGCGGAGAGCGACAAGAGCAUCUACCUAGACGUCGAUGGUGCCAUGUCGUACUCCAUGGUCUGGCUAAAUGGGCAAUUCGUCGGAGGUUGGCCGUAUGGUUACGCGUCGUGGCGAGUUGACCUGACACCGUACAUUGUCAAGGGUGAUAACGUCGUGGCUAUCCGGCUCGACAAUGCUCUUGAUAACUCGCGUUGGUACCCCGGUGCGGGUAUUUAUCGUAACGUGUGGCUUACAAAAGUGCACACCACGCACGUUGGCCAGACUGGGACAUACAUCACCUCGCGGCAGGUCUCGGCAACUUCGGCGACUGUCGACCUGGUCGUACAGGUUGAGAAUGCGGCGCCAAGCGGCACAGCUGAGGUGCAAGUGUCAACGGAUGUUCACUUAUACGAUGCAUCUACCGGGAAGACUGGUGACCAAGUAGCCGAGUUCCCAAAGGGUGUGGUCACUGUUGGUGCCAGCCAGGUCAAGUCAUCCAAUGCCACAGUUGUGCUGCAGAACCCACAGCUCUGGGGUCCUCCACCGUCACAAAAGCCGAAUCUCUACGUUGCCGUGACGCGUCUGUCACUCGGGGACGAAGUGAUCGAUCAAUACGAAACCCGCUUUGGCAUCCGCUCAAUCGAGUACAAAAAUGACGGUCUGCGCGUGAACGGCGAAAAGAUAUACCUCCACGGCCUGUGCCAACAUCACGAUCUCGGAUCCCUCGGCUCAGCAUUCAACAUCCAUGCCGCAGAGCGACAGCUGGAGAUGCUUCAAAACAUGGGCGCCAACGCCGUCCGAACAUCGCACAACCCACCAGCACCCGAACUGCUAGACCUGGCCGAUAAGCUGGGAAUCCUGAUCCUCGACGAGAUUUUCGACACCUGGAACAGUCACAAGACGCGCAACGACUUCCAGACCAUCUUUUCAGACUGGCGCGAGCCAGAUCUCCGCGCCUUUGUCCGCCGCGACCGCAAUCACCCGUCCAUCUUCGCUUGGAGCUUCGGCAACGAGGUCUCCGAGCAGGGCAGCGCCCAAGGGGCCAAUACGGCUCGUGAGCUCAAGGGCAUCAUCCACGAGGAAGACCCUACCCGCCAGACCACCGUGGCCAUGAACUCCGCGGGCCCUGACGCCGCAUUGUAUUCUGUCAUUGACCUCAUCGGCCUCAACUACCAGGGCGAGGGCUCCCGGCCCAACAACGCCAAGUUCCCGACUUUCCGGUCCAGGUUCCCAGAUAGGAUGCUCUACAGCACCGAGAGCGCGUCGGCCAUCAGCUCUCGCGGCCAGUACAUGUUCCCCGUCGACGCGAGCAACAAUGCCAAGGUCCAGGGCAACCGCGGUGGGAAUCCAGCCACGUCGCAGGUCAGCGCCUAUGACAUUUAUGCUGUGGACUGGGGCGCAAGCCCGGAUGGCGUGUUUGAGGCCCAGGACCGGUACCCGUAUGUUGCGGGCGAGUUUGUCUGGACUGGCUGGGAUUACAUCGGCGAGCCAACGCCUUACAACACGCGGAGUAGCUACUUCGGUAUCAUUGAUCUCGCUGGGUUUCCCAAAGACCGUUUCUACCUCUACCAAUCCCGCUGGAGGCCCGACCUACAAAUGGCGCACAUCUUACCACAUUGGAACUGGCCUGAUCGUGUCGGCAAAGUAACGCCUGUGCAUGUGUUUUCAGCGGGCUCCGAGGCUGAGCUCUUUCUGAACGGCAAGUCCCUCGGCCGCCAGAAGAAGAAGGACUACACCUAUAGGUUCCGUUGGGAUAAUGUCUCAUACGAGGCUGGUGAACUCCGGGUCGUCACAUACAAAGACGGCAAGGAGUGGGCGAAUGCGACAAUGCGCACAACGGGAAAUGCGGCGGGCGUGAAGCUCUCGACGUACAAGGACCGGACUACCAUCAAGGCUGAUGGUACGGACCUGUCUUUCAUCACGGCUACAGUUGUCGAUGACAAAGGAGAGUUUGUCGCCACAGCCACGGACAAUCUCACCUUUUCUGUCGAGGGACCUGGUGAGAUUGUAUCCACUGACAAUGGAGAUGCCACUGAUUACGUGGCGUUCCCUUCCAAGGAACGCAAAGCAUUCGCAGGUCUGGCGCUCGGUAUUGUGAAAGCUAAAGCAGGUGCUGCGGAGCCCAUCACGGUUAGGGUGGAGGGUAAAGGGCUAAAGGCUGGCGAGAUCACCAUCAAGCCGGAGUAG